AUGGAGCUAGCCGAACCAUCUGCAAACGCACACACACACAAAAGAAAACGAACCCACCCCACGCACCCUUGCCAACGCCUCGACGGCCCCCGCUCCUAUCCCCUCCACCUUUGCCUUGCCGUCCCACCUCCCUCCGCCACGCCCUCCCAGCAAGCCACCGCACCAUCCCAUCUUCCUCCAAGCCCACUUCGACGAGCCCCACCGUGCUACGGCGCUCCGCCCCCGACCAACCUUCCCACCCGCCGGCUUGCUGCGUGCACCCACGCAGUGUACUGCACGGGCGCCUUAGAUCCACCGGCGGCGCAACGAAGCAGACCACAGGGCGCGGCGGUCGAGACUGCAUCUUGUGGCGGCGGCGGUGCCUAGAUCCGUCACCGACCAUUCGUAGGAUGCCGCUGGUGGUUCAAUUUUCGUCGUUGCCCAUGCGCGGGCAGGCGGUGGUGCCCGGAUCUGUCGCCGGCCGAGUGUGGGCUGGCGGUGGUGCCCAAAUCCCUGUGCUUCAUCGGGGUCGGGUGUGGGCAGCCCCCGACCACAGCCGCCUCCCAUGUACAACACCGCCACGGGCCGAUCUGGUGGGAUCCAUCGAUCCCCGCCUUCGCCGACCACGUCCAGGGACGCCCGACGCCCGGAUCCAAUGCCCCUCGCCAGCGGCCGCCCCAGCGCCAAGCCACGACCCUCGGGAGCUCCUCAUCGUGGAUUCUCCUCCCUGGAGCUCUGUUGCUGUCCCCUGCAGGCACCACUGCUACUCUGACGCGCGGCUGCCGCCGUGGAAAAGGAAGGAGGAGCUCCACCCCAGCUUGUGCGCAGUUCGGCCGGCCAGUCCGUGUAGUCGGAUGGUGCGUUCAUGUAGUGCGGCGCAUGCUUGUGUGCGGUCCACUAGCGCAGGUGGAGGCCGCCCAUGGCUGUCGGUGGCGCCGUGACUCCAAGCAGAUGGCGGUGGAGCAGCCCACUGCAGCAUGUCAUUUCCACCGUGGUGCCCUUCCUGGCUUCCUCCUAUCGCUCUUCCUUUCUCUCUGUGUGGUGCCGGCUGGUGCUGCACCUUGGGGUCGUUCAGUGUGUGGUUUACUGAAAAAACUCUCUUUCAGUCCUUGCAGAUUGACGCAAAUAGGAAAUGAGAGUAGAAAAAAUGGAUGUGGAUGUGCAUGAAUGCUUGUGUCUAAUA